AUGCAGGAGGGACAGAAGAUCGUUGCUCAAUUCAAGUCGUCCGAUGGAGAUGUCACAGGUCCCCCUCUCAAUUUGCCCGGAGAUGUCACACCUGAACAACUCGAACUUUUGUUGAAUCAACUUUUGGAACAAUCUGAAGAUCCUCUUCCUUACUCUUUCCAUGUCGGUGAAGAUGAGAUCCUGAAGAAUCUGUGGAUCGAUCGCAAGGACAAAUCUACCGAAGACACCAUCACAAUUGUCUAUCAGCCUCAGGCCGUGUUCCGUGUUCGUGCCGUAUCUCGCUGUACAUCCACCUUGUCAGGACACACAGAGGCUAUUUUGUCAGUGUCAUUUAGUCCCAAUGGUGCUCAAUUGGCUACCGGUUCAGGUGAUGCCACUGUCCGGAUAUGGGAUUUGAAUACAGAAACACCACAGCAUACUUUGAAGGGUCAUACAAGCUGGGUAUUGUCUAUUGCGUGGUCCCCUGAUGGUAAGACCUUGGCUUCUGGAAGUAUGGAUAACACUGUUAGAUUAUGGGAUCCCAAGACUGGCAAGGCGUUGGGCGAUGCUUUAAAGGGACAUACAAAAUGGAUCACAGCAUUGGCAUGGGAACCUUACCAUUUGAAUUCAAAGGCAAACCGUCUUGCAAGUUCAUCAAAGGAUAGUACUAUCCGUGUAUGGGAUACUACUCUGAGAAAGAUCUCCAUGACGAUUUCGCAGCACACAGCCGCUGUCACAUGUGUCAAGUGGGGUGGAGAGGGGCUUAUCUAUUCUGCUUCUCAAGACAAGACAAUCAAAGUCUGGAAUUCUAGCGGUGCACUUGUCAAAACUCUACAGGGUCACGGUCAUUGGGUCAAUUCACUUGCUCUUAGCACUGAUUUUGUUCUUCGUACUGGACCAUUUGACCACACUGGCAAACGUUAUGCUUCUGAAGAAGAAUCCAAGGCUGCUGCUCUUGCACGAUACAAGGCAUUCAAGGGAAACAAGCCCGAGCGUUUGGUAUCUGGCUCUGAUGAUUUUACCAUGUUCUUCUGGGAACCCGAAGCCAGCAAGAAGCCAAUUACCCGUAUGACUGGCCACCAAAAGCUAGUCAACCAUGUCAGUUUCUCUCCCGACGGCCGCAUGAUUGCCAGUGCUUCGUUUGAUAACUCUGUAAAGCUGUGGGAUGGCAUGACAGGCAAGUUUAUCGGCAAUCUGAGAGGACACGUUGGUGCAGUAUACCAGGUCUGUUGGUCGAGCGAUUCGCGCAUGCUGAUCAGUAGCAGUAAAGACAGCACCCUGAAGAUCUGGGACAUCAAGAAGAUGAAGAUCAAGAUGGAUUUGCCUGGUCAUUUGGAUGAGGUGUUUGCUGUCGACUGGUCCCCAGGAGGAGACAAGGUAGCAAGUGGAGGAAAAGAUAAGCAAUUGAAGAUCUGGAGACAUUAA